AUGACGACGAUAAACAAUUGGAGCACUGUUAUAUUAACCAUUACAUUAGCAAGCUUGCUCAAUGGUGCUUACGUCAGUGACAAAAGAGUUCCAAGGACUGUGAAUCUAAUACACGGCAAUUCGAGAAAAAUAACCAAUGAAGUGGCCACACCUUAUCCAGGGUUUCUCGACCCAGACGUUACGGUGUUGUCCAGUAGCACGCGACCGGAUGCUAAAGCCAUGCCUUCCAUUGGUAACGGUCACGUUGCCACGGUCGUCCACAGCGACACCUUAUAUGUAGAUGGAUUAUAUAAUGGUCAAAACAGCACGAGUCACAGAGCCAGGAUACGGUCAACUGCUUCUAUCAAUAUCACCGAUUUCUCCUUCGAUAUAGAUAGCCAGAAAUUUUCACUCGACGUCGGCAGAGGUAUGUAUAUAGAGGAAUAUACACAGAACGAUUACGUCAAGGUAGAACUGAAGAUGUACGCCCAUCAGUGGAUGACAUGGUUGUUGGUCACAGAGAUUUCAGUUAUCAAUAAUGGCGGUCCACCUGUCGUUCUUAACCUGUCUCAGACGCUUGGACCGGUCAGUGAUGAUGUCAACGUCAAUACUACACAAGAAAACGACUUCCGCAUAGACUUUUCAAUGACGAAGGAGGGAGAGGUGGAAGGAGAUGAUACAGAGCACGUAUUAGCCGUCUCAUCUUUAGUCCCAGAGUCUAUCACUGUAGGACCAAGUGAAGCCUCUCGCUAUGUUUUCCUCACAGCUAUUGGAGAUGAUCCCAUGAUAGUCAUGGCUUAUUUUGGAACUGGUCUUAAAAGUUUUCUCAAUGGAACACUAGAAUCUUCUCAUGUGAAUCACUGGGAAAGCAUGUGGCGUAAAGGAAGGAUUGAUGUGGGCGGUAACAGAGAACUAAGCAAACUCAACUACGGCUCUUUAUACUAUCUGCUCAGCGAGAUCCCGCAGUAUGAGACCUAUGGACCUUUUUUUGGUAUCUCCUCUGGAGGGCUGGGGCAUGGCGGACAAUACAAUGAUUACAAAGGCCACGUGUCAUGGGAUCAGGAUACGUGGAUGUUUCCUUCUCUCCUAGCUCUACAUAGUGAUAAAGCCAAGAUAAUCAUGGAAACUCGUGUGAGGAAACAUUCUGAAGCCAAAGCGCUCGCCAAAGCGGUGGGCUACAAAGGGGCUAUGUAUCCGUGGGAAAUCGCUUAUAGUGGUGGCAACGUUUGUCCGACAACCGACUGCUUAAAGUACGAACAUCACAUUACUGGGGACAUUGCACUGGCGUUACAACAAUACGUCAUGAUGACGCGAGACACACACUUUAUCGCGAAUGAGGGUGCAUCUGAUGUCAUCACAGAUAUUGCAACGUUUUGGAUAUCAAGAAUGAGUCUCAAUACGGAAACAAACCAGUAUGAAAUAAAUGAGGUGAUGGGUCCUGACAAAUCCCAUUUUCCUGUCAACAACUCCGUCUACACUAACAGUGUGGCCAAGAUAAGCCUCCUUUUGCCAAAGUACGCCCUCUCUCUGAUCAACAAGACGGCGGAUCCGACAUUUGAGGAGACAGCCAAACAAACAUACAUACCAUUUAAUGAUACAGGGAGAUGGCAUCCAGAGUUUGAUGGCUAUGAACUAGACACAACAGUACAACAGGCAGACGCCAUCCUCCUAGGAUUUCCACUGAUGGCUAAUAUUACUGACGAAACAAGGAGAAAUGAUCUGGAAAUUUAUGAAAAAGUUACACCAACAGCCCCCGCUAUGACAUGGGCAAUGUUUGCAAUCGGCUGGCUGGAAGUAAACAACAAACCUAAAGCAGAGGAACAAUUCAACAAACAAAUGAAGAACAUUGUUCCACCAUUUAACAUAUGGUCCAACCCAGCAGACAGUAAGGGAGGCCGGAACUAUCUGAGCGGUAUUGGUGGAUACUUACAAUCUCUUCUUUAUGGAUAUGGCGGCUUAAGAAUAUUCCAGGAUCGACUUCAAUUCAACCCCAACAUACCACCAAGUUCUACUUCAUUCAAUCUCACUGGAAUCGAUUACCUCGGAGGGUCAUUUGAUUUCAGUUUCUUAAACAAUUCGAUGUUAAUAACCCAGACGUCACCAUCCAUAGGUGAAAUAAAGAUUGUUAUAACUUCUACUGGAGAAACAGAGACAUUAAAGGUCGGGGCGGUAGUCCAGUAUCCUAGGUCAAAAGCCUAUUUGAUGCUUGUAUGA